UUGUCCGAAGUGGUCUGUUGGUGAAAAUAGGUGUGCUUGCCCUAAUUUACAGUUGCGUCGAUAACUUAGCAUUUCUUGCAAUAUCCGCUUGCCCGAUUGAUAAGCGAAAUUACUCAGCACCAUGUCGUCAACGAGCUUCAGCGUCGGUGUGGCCGAGGAAACAAAAACGUCGAGCCGUGUGCUGAAACCCCCGGGCGGUGGCCAUUCGGACAUUUUCGGUUCCUCCAACGUGCGGCAAAAUCCGCCCCGGCCGAAAAACAACCAGCAAAACUCUUCCAACAUGAACGCCGUCAUGGGCACGGUUGACCCGAACGAAACGCUCGAUUCGUUUGGCCGCGGAGGAGAAAGUCACGCCACUGCUGGUGGUGGCGACAACACGUCGGCAGCCCAAAAUGGACCCCCCGCAUCUAAUGGAGCGGGCGCAGCAGAAUCAUCCAAGCCGACGUCGGCCACGGCGGAACGGGCCCGUGUACCUCCCGGUGGCCACUCGCAAGGCUUCUGGUGAUUUUCUCGCAACAUGCACAUCGACGACGUAGCAUCACGCAAUGUAUUGCACCUGCUGUUUUGCAUCGGAACCAAACUGUAGGGAUCGGGCCCUUUGCUCGCCAGGUCUCCCCUCUUUCUGUGUUUACAUCAUCUACUAGCUUACCUCCUAAGGUAUAUGAGCACGGUCCGCUUGCGUCCAUCGGCGCCUGCGGCGGGAGCUCCAUUUUGUUUAUUAGUGUCUUGUGUACCUCAUUCUCGAUACUCGAUAGCUUUUUAAACACCCCUCUAACCUUUCGCUACACUAUCUCAACGAUAGCUAGCUAUACUGCCAAAAAAUCAAAAAAAAAGACGACACAAAACCUUACUUAAAACAAAGGCUACUUUCUAUUGUGUAUUUUGCGUAUGGUAUUAUUACUUCCAAAGUGAAGCGUGCCCUGGGGCUAGUAUGUAAUGGCGCUGGAACUCUUACACAAAUGACGGAACAAAUAAAUUAUACACCAGCUUAAUUAA